GGACGAUUCGGGAAGGUCGUAAAACAGUGGCUUCCUGAGAAGUUGGAUGUUGUCAUUGCAUCCUUUCUUUUGUAAUCUUUUAUGUGUUUGUUUGGAGGUUGCGGGAGAAGCAAUUGCAGAUGUGGCUGGCUGGUCGGCUUCCUACCUAGAAUCAGUACUACCUACAUACCUAGGUAGGUAGGUACCUCGCUACGUACAAACAACAAUAUGGGCUAAGCAGACAUGUAAGGGAAGAAUUGACCCCCGAGAAAAAAAAGGGUCAAAGAUUGGGGUAGCGCAAUUGUGCCUUGCAGGCCACACAAGAUAAAGGAGGUCUGACAGGACAAGACUUACUGCAUUGGUGGUAUAGAUUGCCUGGGCUGCCAGCCGGCAACCGACUACCCUAACCUCCGUCUUCUUUUUAUAGGCUCGCAGCAGCGCCAAGUCAAAUUCUUGGGGUUGCCAAUGCAGCCGUCCAGAGAGAAAAAGGAAACUCGCCAGAAUCCAUGCAGCUUUCUAGUGGGUAUUGGCUGGUCCAAGAAUGCGGUCCGUCAUCGUCAUCAUCAUCACCAAGUUAUUGCCUUCUAGUCGCCGUCACCCGAGCUAGGUGACUUGGCAACCCAGCAGAUAAAAAGCAACCCCAUCUCCCCGACCCCCCUCUCAUCGCGCCCUCCUGCUCUCUUUCUCCCCCCAUCGGUCCCGCCCCGACUUCCCCUGAACCGACCCCGCCUCUCGUUUGACCAAAGAUGAAGUUCACACUCAGCAGUGCGGCGGCCGCCGUGGCGGCGCUGGCCUCUCUGACCGGUGCGUCGCCGACGGCGUCGCCGCUCGAGAAGCGGGCGGGCAUGUACGACGGCUACAAGGUGUACCAGCUGGACGUGGGCUCGGACGCGGCCAAGUACGACGCGGUGACUGCGGCCAUCAACCAGAUGCCGUCGGCCGUGUCGCUGGCCUGCGACGACCGGCACGACCACAUCGACGUCGCCGUGUCGCCCGACUCGGUGGCCACGCUCGAGGCCCUGGGCGUCGAGAUGAAGCUGAUCAACGAGGACCUGGGCCGCGACAUUCGCGCCGAGGGCGAGACCAAGCCCUACGUCCGCACCAUCAAGAAGCGCGACGAGGCCGCCCCGCUCCCCGACAUGUCGUACUUUGACUCGUACCACGUCCUCGAGGAGCACUUUGCCUUUCUGGAGGACCUGCAGGCUGCCUUCCCCGACAACUCGGAGACUUUUGUCGCGGGAAAGUCGCUCGAGGGCAGGGACAUAAUGGGAAUCCACCUGUGGGGCAAGGCGGGCAAGGGGAAGAAUGAGGCUGUUGUCUGGCACGGAACCGUCCACGCUCGCGAGUGGAUCACUGCACCGACGGUCGAGUACAUGGCGUACAAGCUUGUCUCUGGCUACCUCAAGAGCAAGUGCUCCGUCAACAUCCUGGACCAGUACGACUUUUACAUCAUCCCUGUGGUCAACCCCGAUGGUUUCGUCUACACCCACACCACCAACCGUCUCUGGCGCAAGAACCGCCAAGUGCGCACUGGCGCCUCGUGCGUGGGCACCGACGUGAACCGCAACUGGCCCAACCAGUGGGACAUCCCCGGCGGCAGCUCGACCAACAGCUGCUCCGAGACGUACCGCGGCGAGGCCCCCGGCGACACGCCCGAGAACAAGGUCCUGGUGGACCAGCUGAUGGCCGUCAACGCGGCCCAGGGCGUCAAGUUCUACGUCGACUGGCACUCGUACUCGCAGCUGAUCCUGCUGCCCUACGGCUACAGCUGCACGGCCGUGGCCGAGGGCCUGGAGCGCCAGAUGGAGCUGGCCGGCGGCGUCGCGGCCGCCAUCAAGGCCACCAACGGGCUCGACUUUGUCUACGGCCCCACCUGCACCACCAUCUACCAGACCGCCGGUGGCAGCAACGACUGGGUCGCCGACGUGCUCGGCUCCGAGCUGCCGUGGGCCUUUGAGAUGAGGCCCCAGGGCGCCGCGGAGGGCGGCUUCGUCAUCUCGCCUGACAACAUCGUCCCCAGCGGCGAGGAGAUCUGGGCUGGCAUGAAGGACCUGUUUAAGAACUGGUAGAUGGAGCAAAGUUUUCAGAGCGUUGGGUGGUUGGAAUCUGGGGAUUCCGUGUCUGGUCCAGUUGUAUAUUCUUUUCUAUUUCGAGCCCCAUCAACACUGACAGGCCAAUCUAGACUAGAGUAGACUAGUAGAGUAGUAGUAGUAGUAGUAGUA